AUGAACGACACUUUGCGCACGAAGCACCAAGCACGAAGCACCGAGCAACAAACCAUCAUGGCAACAUCCAAAGGACAAAUGUCGACAUACGCCACUCGGCGCUCGACACCUACAGCCUGGCCGCCUGCGCCAUCGCCAACGCCACCGCGCUAUGUUGACGGCACUACCGGGUCGACCUCAAUCAACUACUGGAAGCUCAUAGCACCGAACUCCACGGCCAAGGCUAAGAAAUUCCUCAGACAAAAGGGAUGCCGCUAUCCGAAGAAAGCCACCCAGGCAGUCUUACUAGAUCUCCACUCCCGGGCACAACGAGGCCUCCCUCGCUACCAUCGCUUCAGACUCAACGAGCUCCAAUUAUUCUGCAUCACACGAGGCCUCAAGACCACCACCGAUAACCCCGGAACAAAAGCGCAACUUAUCCAGCUCCUACAGCACGCAGACGACACAUCCACCUUCCCACACUUCCUCGACAUCCCACCAGAACUCCGAGUCCAGAUCUACACCUUCCACCUGCAAGAUCUCGAUCCCGAAGACGCGCUCCCGACCCAACCCCCUGUUACGAAAGUCUCUUAA